AUGGCGGGGGCAGAAUACGAGGCCUCCAAGGCUGGAGAAGCUGUCCUGCGUACAGAGGAGACUCUGACGAGGUCAUCCUCAUCUUCGCUAUCCGACCAGCGGGCCGCCUUCCUGUCGACGUUCACGGCCGAAGAAGACCGCAGAAUAAUGCGCAAGGUCGACAAAAGGUUCCUGUUACUCAUUGGACUGAUGUAUAUGCUUAAAAAUGUGGACUACACGAAUGCGGCCACUGUCAAGGUUCUGCAGGUCGGCGAGCCUCGGAAUAUAUUGACGGAAUUGAAAAUGACGCCCGACGAGUACAAUUGGGUGCAGUCCAUUUAUUUCAUAUCCUAUAUUGUGUUUGAGACUCCAUCCAACCUCCUUUUGAAAAGGAUAACACCUCGACACUGGCAGUCUCGGAUCAUUGGGACUUGGGGAGUUGUGCUUGCCGCUCAUGCUGCAGUGACGAACAAGCACGGCUUGUAUACGGCUCGUUUCUUCCUCGGAAUGAUGGAGGCGGGAUUGUUCCCCGGUCUCGCUGCUCAGCUCUGUUCUUGGUACCGCAGUGACGAGAUGGGCAAGCCAAUAAUGUGGAUGUUUGGCUUUCAGAAUUGCGCCGGAAUAGUUGGUUCAAUCGUGGCUUAUGGCGUGAGUUAUAUGAAUGGUCUGGGUGGAUUGAGUGGUUGGCAAUGGGUCUACCUUCUGGAAGGGAUUUUCACUGUCCUCUUCGCCGGUGUCGUUUUCGUCGUCCUCCCUGAUUAUCCCAAAUCUAAGCGGUCUGCGAAAUGGUUGACGCCACGAGAGCAAGAAUACAUCGAGAUGCGACUUACCGAGAAUGCUCCGCGCACGGAUGACCCUGCUUUUAGCAAGAAAGAAGUACUAGCUUCGCUGAAGAAUCCUCGCACAUAUGCGUUUUGCCUGUCUCAGAUCCUUAUGAACCUCGGUGGAUACGGUCUCCAAUGGCAAUUGCCAACAGUCACCACCGGCCUUGGAUUUGCAGGUCUCCCUCGAAACCAGUUGCUCAACAUACCACCAGCGGCAGCAAGCGUCUUGUCAAUCAUCUUUGCCGGUUGGUUUCUCAGUCGUGCGUUUAUGACGCGACCAGCAUUCAUCAUGAUCAUUUGUGCUGGGGCACUGGCAUUUUUCCUCGUCCUUGUCACCGACGUCAGCCGGACUGCAACGUACAUUGCUUGUAUUUUUGGAACCAUGUUCUACUCGGUGUAUUUCAUACCGUUCUGGGCUUGGCGCUCUGCAACUCUAGAAGGCUCUACCGGCACAGCCUUCACACUUGCAUUCCAAUCCUGUAUUGGCCAGGUUGGCGGAGUUGUUGGACCACAGCUUUUCAGACAGAAAUACGCACACAAUGGAUACAAGGUGUCCUUUGGCAUCUGCGCAGGAGCCAUCGGAGCGAGUUGGCUUGCAAAUGUCUGGACAUGGUACCUUACUCAUAAGAACGAGAACGACGUCCGGCGGGUGCGAAGACUCAGGAUCAAAGCCAGACAGGAAGGUGGCGUGUGGGCAGGCGAAGACGUGAAGCUCCGGAAGGACCAGCCAGUGUGA